CAUUAACGCUGCGUGAACGCUCGACGGAGGGCAAUGUCCAUGGAGAAUGUAGUUCAGCUUGAAUAAAACCACAAACUGUACCCAGACGGCUGUGAGGAGUUUGGUAGAUUUGCAUAUACUACAGUAUCAGUCAGGGUUCAUAGACAAUACUGGUAUUAUUUGUUUGUGAUACUGCAUAAAGCGCAUAAACAGACCUGUACGUGCGUGUUUGGAAUUGUAACUGCGCAAUAAGCUCAGCUCUCAGAUGCGUCCUACAGAGCGAUACCGCAGACGACACUUUCUCCAGUGUUUUAACAUCAGCUAACAGUAUCAUCGUUGACUGACUUUACAGUGCAGAAUAUAAAAAAAAGAAAAUGUCUAUGGAGUUAGAUGUGUUUGUGGGAAACACCACUGUCCUGGAUGAAGAUGUGUACCAACUGUGGUUGGAUGGACACUCAGUCCCAGAUGCGGUGAGAAUACGGAUGGAAGCAGGUGCCUUGCAGGAGUGUGAAGCCAAUGCAGAAGUUCUGCACAGUGACACCAUGGACCAGUUCAGAACGUUCCAGAUGUGUGAGCGCCUCCUCCAGUCUCCUUCCAAAGUGGCCAAUCAGCUUCUGUUCCAGAUCCCUCCUCACCGUCAGACCAUGCUUAUCGAGAGGUACUAUGAGUUUGAUAGUGUGUUUGCCAGAGAGGUGCUGGGUAAGAAACUCUCCAAAGGGACCAAAAAAGACUUGGAUGACAUUAGUUCAAAGACUGGGAUUGCACUCAAGAGCUGUCGUCGACAGUUUGACAAUUUCAAGCGUGUGUUUAAAGUGGUGGAAGAGCUAAAAGGCCCCCUAGUGGAGAACAUACAGCGUCACUUUCUCCUGUCUGAUGUUCUGGCAAGGGACUAUGCCGCCAUUGUGUUCUUUGCUAACAGCCGUUUCGAGACAGGGAAGAGAAAGCUACAAUACUUGUCUUUCCAGGACUUUGCCUUUUGCGCCGGUCAGCUCAUCAGCUACUGGACCGUGGGGGCAGUUGACAACAUGAUGGAAGACAUGGAUGUUGAUCUAGAAAAAGAGUUUCUGCAUGACUUGAAAGACUUGAAAGUUUUGGUUAAUGAUAAGGACAUGUUGGACCAACACAAAAGCUUGGUGUGUGCACAGCUUAAAGGGAAAAUUAAAGUCUUUAGUGAGAUGGAGGCCAGUUUUAAGAAUUUGUCCCGAGCUCUAGUUAACAUCGCCUCAAAACUCACACACACCAAAGAUGUCCGAGAUCUGUUCAUCGACCUUGUGGAGAAGUUCAUUGAACCAUGCCGGUCAGAUAAAUGGACAAUCGGAGACCUCAGACUUUUCCUUACGCACUACAGCAACUCUGUACACACGCUUGAGGCUUUCAGGCAUCAAGUAAUAUGGGACAGAUACAUGGGUGUCAUCAAAAGCUGCAUUCUGAAAAUGUACCAUGACUAAAACAUAUUUCAAAUGCUGGUUUCCAGUUAGCUUGACCAAAUCUUUCUUCAAACCUUUAAAAAGCCAGUCACCCUCUCGUUUUGUAAAUGUUUCUACCUCGGCUCCCUUUGUGUUUCAAAAUAUUCUUGUACAGCAGGGUUAAAUUAAGUAAAGAAAAAAAGUGUUGUCCACAAAUCCGCCUUAUUUGUUGUUUGUAAAAUUGAUCAUUGGGAUCAUUCUGUUACUUAUUAUUCAUGAAUUAUAAACUUAAAGAACAUCCAUGAAACCUUUCUAUUGCACUAAAUGUUUAUUAUAUUAGGGAAAAAAGCUUCCUUAAAGGGAUAGUUCACCCAAAAAAAUACAAUUCUGUCAUUAAUUACUCACCAUCAUGUCGUUCCAAACCCGUAAGACUUUCAUUCAUCUUUGGAACACAAAUUAAGAUAUUUUUGAUGAAAUGCAUUGUGGUGAUCUCGUGAAACAUAACAUUACAUUACUUAACAUUACGAUUGAACCACUGAUGUCAUAUGAACAAUUUUAACGAUGCUCUUAGUACCUUUCUGGGUCAGAAAGCUCUCAGAUUUCAUCAGAAAUAUGUUCCGGAGAUGAAGGGCGGUUUGUAACGACAUGAAGGUGAGUAAUUGAUGACAGAAUUUUCAUUUUUGGGUGAACUAUCCCUUUAAAGGAGAAGUCCACUUCCAGAAC